AUGGAGGCCUUUCGUGUUUUCCUCCUGAGUUUCGUGUUCCUUCUUCAUUCCGGUGGAGCGAGUCCCUUCGCGCGUAAUACGCUCCGUUCUGUGAUCGACCAGUACAUUGAAAACGGCACGGCGGCUGGAAUCAUCGCCGAUGCCCUGGUGGUAGCCCUCCGAGACACUCGGAUCCCUCUCGACAACGUCAAGUACGAUGUAGGCGCUUCAGCCCCCCAAGCCGUGGUCAGCGUUGAGGCCAACGAUGUUUCUCCGGCGGUGCCCGAGUCCAGCCUCAAGCUGAAAGCCGCUGCCGAACGAUUAGCAGAAAUGAAAGCCAAGCAAAAAUUGGUCUCAAUCGAGAUCCUCAAAGUCAACGACGGCGAGAAGCCCAAGAAGAUCCGGAAGAUCCGCCGCAGGAAACUCGUCACCAAGGGCAGUCUCAGACUGGGUACCGUUCAACAUGCCACGCAACCGAUCGGUGUCACGACCACGGAGACGCCCUCGAGCGAGAUAUUCUUGACAACGUCGACGGAUAUCCCGCUGCCGUCCUCUACAGAGACGGCUUCAGCUCUCCCGGAUAUCGCUGAAAGUCAAUCGCAGGCUGAGGUCUCAACCAUUGGGGUUGCGGCUCUCCGAGCUCGUGAGGACGUGACUCCACCGGCAGAGAAAACGGUUCUGACAACAUCGGUGACCCCGUCGUCCAGCGAGUUGCCGACGACCACAGAGCUACCGACGUCUACCGAGGGAUCGGUACUUGUUGAGAACGCGACGAUGAGAUUGUCCGAAAACGUCGACCAGAAUUCCGCUUUGCAUUCAGAAUUUGAGACCGCGACCGUUGAGGGUCAAAGUUUAGUGUCUGAAGUCACCGCUUCGGUCUCUACAGUGUCAACAGAACCUUCGGUCACUGGUGGCACGGAACGUAUUCUUGUCCAAGAUAGCACUACCGUGCAAGGACUUCACGCGGAUAAGAUCAAUGUUGAGAAUGAGGUUCUGGCGUCAGCGACCCACGAACAGCCCGCGUUCACGACGACGGAAAUGCCGUUCACUAUGGAAGUCAAAACACUCAAGGUCUUGAGUCCUACCGGGGAUGAACAUGAGGUCAAGGUGUUGUCGAACGUCCGAAAACUGUCCGACAUAGAUCUGAGCCACGUCCACGUAUACCCGAAAGUUCCGUUGCUCAACGAGAAAUCUCAAGUCGCCGUGAAUAUUGGCGGAAUCCGCUAUCGUCAGACACCGCGUCGUAUCAAGUUCAGAGUGCCCAAGAGAGGCGACACAGCGAACAUUUCCGCGCCCAAAGGAUACUAUUUGCUCCGGGGAGAACCCACUGCUUCGGCGUCCCACGAAGAAUUCACUUUCGUGCGCGAACUCACGACGGUGCCAGCGUCGACCAGCACCACCGCGUUCCCCAUGGAGACAACGACCGAGCUCCCGGCGAGCGCGAAUCCUCCCGAAGCUACAACGAGUCCGGCGUUGACCGAGUUCUCGAGGAACGCUCGAGGGACCGAGACCGAAUUGCAACUCGCGAAAGUCGGAGCUCAAGAGCCUACCCAAGAGGCGUCUCGGGACUCCUCGACAGAUAGUCGGGAGAAAGCCCCUGAAGGCCCGCAGGUCUCGAGUGACUCGAGGGAGACAACCACCGUGAAAGCCGAAGUAUCUGAAGAUACGACGACUAGUGAGACCCGGACCUUCCCAACGACGGAAUUCACCAACUCUGUAGAUCCGAACACUGAGGUCUCCGUAGCGACUAGCAUCACAGCGGUUGAGAGCUCGACGGAACCAAUCCGGAGCACGACUCCGACUCCUUCGCCCGAGCUCCUCGACGGUAUCGAUCCCUCGGUACGCCGAGACCUCCCAGCGAUUUUGGAGAGCGGCGAUCAGGUGAGAGACGGAACCGAAGCCGCCGCACAGGACACGUCAGGAUCGACUACCGAGAUUGUUCGAGAUGUGGAAAAACCCGAACAGGUGACGGAGGAUUGGAUUCCGAAGACGACGGUCGGAGCUUCAGCCGAGGCUGCUGAUUCAGUCGCCACUACUACCGAAUCCAAUACUGCCUCUGUCCGAGGAGAAGACGUCUCGACGGAGGGGAGGCGACCCGACGGCUCGGUCGAUCCAUCUGGCCCUCAAAGUGCGCCGUCCUCUGACGGAAGCGUCACCGUCCCCGCUGUCCCAGCUCGGUCUAGAGAAAUUCUCACAGAAUCAAUCGACGAUCGACAAGAAACAACAACGAAGUCAGCACUCCAACCCGAAGAAGAAGAAGGUCAGGUGACAACCUCCAACCCAAUCGUGGAAACGGAGAUUGUGACGGAAAAACCGUCAGAGAACGUCGAAUCGACUGGGGCCGAUGGACGGUCCAGGGAUCAGGUAUUCGAUAAUUCCAGAACGGACCAAGAAUCCGAAAAAUCGUCGAACUCCGCGGAUGACCUGCGACAGGAUAUCGACAGCCCUUCAGUCGGAAUUAGUUCCGGAGGGAUUUCCGAUACUUCUAGCCCGGUCGCACCGCAACUUUCUGGAAGUGGUGCCGUCGAUAAUAGCCACCCUUCGGCUCCCCCGCAUGACGAGCAAGAAAACACGUCAUCGUUCGAAAACGUGCCGACGGAUGUCCCUCGGGCUGUCCCUGAAGACAGUCCCACUUCUGAAACCGUUACUGAAACCGCUAAAAACGAGCAGACGACGACCGAGCGCCCGGUCGAUGCUGACCGGGAAAUUUCUGAGGAGCUUCCAGCAUUCGGUGAAGGCGUCCUUCAUGAGCCCCCGAGACAUCUCCCGGAAUCACAAAUGUCACCUAGAACACAAAUUAAUGCUGUUUCCGGUGAGCCGGCUCCAGUCGACGUAUCACGAGAAGAAUCGGUGAAGGCACAGCUCGGUCCCGAACAACCGAAGACGAUCGAUGACACGCUUGAUUCCGAAGACGUGUCCGAAGAGCUGACCACCCUUGCCCCAUCCACGACGCAAGAGCCCAGAUCGAGAGACGAGGAGGCCGAACCUGUGACCCCUGAGCCGAGCGCUCCCAGAACGGAUGAGACGAGUUCAGAGGAACCGACGAGAUCUUUAGAAGAAGGGGACACAUCACCGAUCGAGCUGCCCAGAAUUCCGUUGACAGUCGUUCCGGCAGCUCCACCCGCGCCGUCUCCGCUCGAGAAAACCGAAUCCCCCCAUCGGAUGGUCGUUCUGGAUAGGAUGAAUGUCCCUGUGCUUCCUUUCGGGGGCAGCCGUUUCGCUGAGCUUGGUUUCGAAAAAACAGAGGACGGUUCGAUGAGGAUGGUCAUCAACGAUGUUAUGGCCAUCAUCAGGGAACAGGAUAUGCCGGACUCGAGUGUGGGGGUUUCCGGGGAACGAGUUCAUGACGAAAUAACGAACCCGCCACCGAUCCUCUCUCAGCCGAGAGGUGACCCCCCGAGGUCCACCAUCGUCACUCAAGUUCCACGAGUGGACUCUGCGGAUAAAGUUCUGAUGCCGGAUGCUCCCACGAUCAUCAUGCAGAUCCCCAAUACCACUCCUCAAGCUAAAUUCUCCCUGAGGAAAAUCCCGGGACACAUCAGUGUCCCAAGUGUCUACGAAAUUCUCGAUCCGGAGCGAAGGAAUCCAGCGAGAUCCACGCCCCAGAUCGAAAACGGCAGGGCUAUCGUGACGCUUCCACUUCUCCCAUUGAGAGCUCUGCCGCCGAUCCAGCAGAAUUAUUACCGCUACAACCGCAUUCCGGAUCGAGCCCCUCAAUCGCAACUGAAACCGCAACAGCCCCAACGGCAUUUCACCACCCCGCAAUCGUUCUUCCCCCAGGACGUUUAUCCGCAUCAAUUUCAGACGAGCUUCCCGCAGAAUUACGAGAGACUCUUUCCUCAAUCCUACCCGACCCCACAGGGAAACCUCUUCUACGUGAACAGACGAAGUCGCUCGCGUUAG